AUGAUGCGUCGCAGUGGAAGUAAAGAAUCUACUGUUGUUUACUCUGCUCUUUCUUUGGCACAAUCCGGUCGCGGUUCUGAGGCUAUUGCUCUCUUAGAGCCAUUAAAGUCGACUGUUAUUAGUAGCCUAGAUUUAAUUGAUAUAAUCCAGGCUGUAUAUGAGGAUCAAAAACGAGGAGAAGAAUCUUUUCAGUUUUGGGAAAAAUUUCUUCAAGUUCAUGGCAAAAAUGAAAAAAACUUAUCAGCCUAUUUCAAGGCUGCAGUGAGGACAAAGAGCUUUAGUCACCAAAGAAAGGCCGCUGUCGAACUGCAAAAGCUGUUUCCUUCACGCCAACACACUAUGUGGGUUCUUUCCUCUCUGUAUAUGUUAUGCAAACGCUCAGAAAAUGAGUUGGAGAAGCGCUUAUUGAAAGCACUUGCCGAAAAGACAGCAAGCAUUACGUUUUCCGAACCAUCCGGACGCAUAGAUUCUUGUGAACAAUGUCAUCUUUUCCUGGACAUACUUACAUUGGUCGAGAAAAAAAACGAUGCUGUGGAACUACUUUUGGAUGAAAAAACGCAGAAAUUUAUAGAGGCUGAUGCUGACCUGCUUCUUCGAAAACUUCAACUUCUCGCUGACUGCGAGCGCUGGGACACCUUGUUUUCCGUUGCUUCCAAGUGUUUCCAAGAUGAUGGAAAUAUCGACUGGAAAGUUUGCAAGGCUCUUCUAGACUGCUCCACUCACGACAAACAAAAAAUCAAACCUGUUCAGGAGCUUUCUCACAGUGCCUUAACUACUUCUCACUCUCAGAGAAACCUCCAUCUUCUUUGGAUCCAUUUUACAUCUCAAUUCCUAAACGAUGAACUCUUUAACGCAAUUUUGAACUACGUUUUAAAGAUGUACGCCAAACCCAUUGUUUUUGAAGACAUAGUACCUUUUCUGCAGAAAUUGAGUAACGAAUCCAAAGCCCAAUUGCUAAAGAGUUUUUCCAUCGAAAGUUUGCCAGAAGCUAGCAAGUCUCAAAAAAUUGACAAGCUAGUCGCUAAGGUUUUGUUCCUUAAAAUCAGAUUUUUCUGUUUUGAAUCUUUCGCUGAGAAAAACGUAACUGACUUUUUGCAAGACUGCUUCAACGUUUAUCAGGAGGGCUUGUCUUUGAGUGAUGAUAUAUUGCCUACAGAUUUUACUCACGGAUAUGAGGCUUUGCUGCUGGCUGUCCAUGCACUCAUAUACUUUAAGGACUAUGCAUCUUUGCCAAGUGGGGUAAUGCAAGGGAUUAUUUUUGAUGCUAUCUGUUUAUUAGAGAAAGGUCUUACGAGCAACCUUCAUAACUUCCACUUAAAGCUUCCUUUGAUUCGUUUGUAUUUGCUCUUGGACGGGGGAUUUCCUGCUGCUUGCAAAAUUUAUGAUACUAUGUCUAUCAAACAAGUUCAGAAUGAUACUUUGGAUCAUUAUCUCUUGACAAGAGCGACUACACAUUUUCCUUCAAACUUGUCUGCUCAAUACAUAAAUGCGAGUAUGCGAAUUUAUGCUUCGAAUGAAUUUGAAACUCCAGAAAUGAUUUCCAACGCGUAUGAGGAGGAUGCUUACUCGCAGAUUGAGGAUAUGUGUCAAUUCCGCUCACGUCUUGACCACAGCAUGUGGAAAAGUAUCGUGUUAGUAGAGCGGGCUAGGUGUUAUUAUUUAAACAACUACAAAGCUCCUCAACAAUAUUUACCCAAAUGCUCGAAUCCAAAAGACAAUCGAGAUCUGGAAGUCUUUGUUAAUUAUGCCUCUCCAAAGUUCCCUACUGCUGAAUAUAUGUUAAGAAACGCUCCUCUUCCAUCCACCGCUUGGGUCCAUUUGUUUGUGAUAGGACACAUGCUUGUACAAGAGGACAUCGUGAAUGGAAGAUGGGAAGUAGCAGGAUCUCAUGUUAAGGAAAUGGAAUCUAUUCGCGAUAACAAUAGGUUGGAAGAACAGCUGACCUCCGAAGAAAUAAAGCACGUGAAUCUUUUGAUCCUACUCGGUAACUUGAGCUUGACCAUUACUUCCGAUAGCUACGAUAAAUCGAAACUGGAGGAAAUUUCUGCAUUGACUCAUUCUUUAGAAUACGAAAACAGCACUUCCCUUGCUGUAAUUACAAAGCAGACUGAAAUUUUGAAUGAUUUAAUCACCUGUCUCAACAGCUUCGUUUUUCAUGUUUCUUCCUCCAAGAAAAAAGAAUUCAUGAGGGAAUAUCAAGCUAUAAAAAAUGUGGUUAAUUCAAAACUCGGUAGUAUAACCUCCGUGUCAAAGUAUAAAAAGAAAAACGCUCGAAAGCUUGUGUCUGAGUUGUUAAGUCACUCCUGGCUUAAUAAAUCGUCUUUACAACAGCUACCUUUUGACCAAAAAUUUGCCAAGCAAAUUAUGGAGAGUAUGAUAGAUUCAUUUACUCAGACGGGAGAUGCUGUUGGAAAGCUCUCGAAAUUUGUGAAAUUUUAG